AUAAUCGUGGUCGCAGUGACGUCACUUUCACUCGCCAAAUCCAGCGCGCUGCAUCGUAGCAAACGUUAAGUACAUUUUAUACAAGGAUAUGUUAUCAAGUGUAAUGUGAAUGAACGACAUGGUUUUGACCGCGCAGGAUUCUAAACUGAAUACAAGAGUGUACAGUAUUUUUUAAUUACUUAAAGCGAUCAUUCGGUCUUCUGCUUAAACACUUCAGUUCUGAGUAAAGUAAGAAUAAUUUCCAAAGGUUUGUCGCACAAAGAAAGUGGAAUGCAGUCUCGGACAAGACUCGUCUUUUUGACCUGGGUCUUCUCUAAUCUAAUUUUAACCGCGGCAAUCGAGCCUAUUAGUACGGGCAUCGCCGUGGGGAUGGCAGCGGCUCUCACCGGCCUCCUGGCCAGUUACCAGAAUGUGUUUUACUAUUUCCAAGAGUGCUGUAGACCGGAAUGGAUUUCAUUUAACAGAACAGGGCUCCAAGUGGACCUUGAACAGAAGCUCUUCGGGCAGCACAUAGCGUCAAAGGUUUUACUGAAGGCAGUUUCUGGCUUUGUAAACAACAAGAAUCCCAAAAAGCCUCUUGUCCUUUCACUCCAUGGAUGGACGGGAACUGGGAAGAACUUCGUCAGUCAACUCAUAGCCUCCAGUAUCUACAAAAAAGGGAUGUCCAGCAGCUUUGUGCACCAGUUCGUGGCCACUGUUCACUUUCCACAUUCACGUGAAAUUGACAUCUACAAAACCCAACUGCAGCAGUGGAUCAAAGGGAAUGUGUCCAGUUGUGCUCGCUCUAUGUUUAUAUUUGAUGAAAUGGACAAGAUGCACACUGGACUUAUUGACAGUAUUAAGCCAUUCCUGGAUUACUACGAGAUGCUGGAUGGUGUGUCCUAUCGACAAGCAAUUUUCAUUUUUCUUAGUAAUGCAGGUGGAGAAAGCAUUACGCAGGUGGUCCUGGAUUUCUGGAAAAAUGGAAAAGAUCGGGAAGAAAUUCAGCUGUCACACCUAGAAUCAGCAAUGUCUCUUGAGGUGUUCAACAACAAGAACAGUGGGUUCUGGCACAGCAGCCUGAUUGAUAAAAACCUGAUUGAUUUCUUCAUCCCAUUCCUACCUCUGGAAUACAGACACGUCCGCAUGUGUGCCCUGGCAGAGAUGGCAAUUCAGAACAUGGAAAAAGACGAAGACAUUGCGGAUAAAGUCGCCAAAGACAUGGUGUACAGCCCAAAAGACGAGAGGGUAUUCUCCUCUAAGGGCUGCAAAACAAUCACAAGCAAACUGGAAUACUACAAAUAGAGCAGUUGGCUAAAAAGACAAAUGGGCUUAAUAUUUGCUACCACAAAGGCCUCUUGUUUGAAGAUGCUGGCCAGGAGGAAUCUGCAGGUUGGACAGAGAAAAAAAUGGACCUAGAGGAAUGAUACGCAUUUACAUUUGGCUUCUUAUUGGAAGGAUGCAGAUUUGCCACAUCUGAAGACCUGAGUGAAAAAUGAAGAACUUCACUAGACAUUAUUUCCGACCUAAUUAAAACUAGCAGUGCAGACUCUGAAAUCCCCUGACAUUAUUUUUCUUAAAAUAUAAAUUUAUAAUGUGAACAAUGCUGGGGCAUUUAUGUGCAGCCACAUUUAUACAAAAAUUUAACCUGAUAAUAUCAGUUUCAGUUCUGAAAGUAAUUUUUCAUUCAUCUUCAUUAAGCCAAUAUCACUCGCCCACCACAGCACUAAAGUAUCUGAUUUCACUGUGGUUUUAGUGAAGUUGAGUUAAUUCUACAUUUUGCUGUGGUUAUCCAUUAAAAAGGGAACAUCCAAAACACUCAAUUUUCAGAUUCUGAAAAGUAAAAAGUACCAUUUGUAGCUUUUGCCAGAUUUAUCAAGUAAAAGUAAAGGGCUAACACGGGUGACUGACACUUCCUGGCAGGUCCUACUACUAUAAAUUAUCUGGUUAAUCCAUAGUUUUGUCCAGUGGUAAGAUAAUAUAAUAAUAUGAAAUUGUUCAUUCCAAACAGCAGUGUUGCAAUGUUUACUGAAACCAUUGGCAAAUAUUGAUUUUCAAAUGCAAUAUUUUUAAAUUACUUAAGGUUUGCGAUAAUUGAGCUGGAUUUGGAACUAGAGAUUAAAUAUUCUUUCGACUGAUUGUCAACGAAUGUUCAGCUAAUCUUCUGCCUUUUGUGUUUAGAUACUGUUAUCGAAAAUCUCUUUCAUAUGUUGAUCUCAAAACGGUCACCUGUGUACUAAAAGAAUUAUUUUUUUUUUAAUCAUGGGAUGUAAUUUUAUUUUUCCUUGAAUAUGGUGUUGGUUUUUUCUGAAUAAUAAAUAUAUGAUCGGUCAUUAAAACUCAUUUUACAUCUUGGAAGGUGAUGGAUACAUGAAA